CAACUUUCGGCCAUUUCAUUUAUUUUCGAAAAAAAUUUCGAUAUUUAUAAACAAUUAUUAGGUUUUAUUGAAAAGAGUAUCACCAAUAUUCCAAUAGAUUUAUUGCUUCAAUCAGCAUCAUUUGUGGGCACUCUCGAGCCCUAUAUUAUCAAAGAUUUUAUCAAGACGUUUAGUGAAAAAUUGAAGCCACUCAUUGGUGCCAUUGACGAUGCAUUAAUUAAAAUUAUCGCUCAGAUAUGCGGCGAUUCAUCAGCUCCUUCUUUGAACAUACCUAAUCA